AUGGCGUCUUUCGUCUUAUCAGUGAACGGAGUUUCAUUCACCGAAGCUCCCGAAAGGUCCGAACCCGAGGAUCCGUUCAAAGGACCCCUGUCAUACGUGUCACCAUGGAACUAUACUUUUUUGGCGUGCUUAAUGUUCAUCGUGACAUCGUUGUCUCUCUCCGAGAACUUUACCGUUAUGCUGGUGACUUUCAAAUACAAGCAGCUUAGAAAACCGCUCAAUUAUAUCAUUGUAAACCUAUCCGUAGCUGAUUUCUUUGUGUCACUUGUUGGAGGAAGCAUAAGUUUUCUGAACAACGCGUAUGGUUACUUCGUGCUGGGCAAGUGGGCUUGUGUCACCGAGGGAUUCGUCGUCACAUACCUGGGGAUCGUGGCACUGUGGUCCUUGGCAAUAUUGGCAUUCGAGCGCUUCUUCGUCAUCUGCCGACCCCUGAAAAACGUGCGCCUCGGUGGGAAGCACGCAGCUCUGGGGCUACUAUUCGUCUGGAGCUUCUCCUUCAUAUGGACAAUCCCGCCGGUGCUCGGCUGGAACAGCUAUGCCGUCAGCAAGAUCGGAACCACCUGUGAACCCAAUUGGUACUCCACGGAAUACAGUGACCACACCUACAUCAUCACGUUCUUCACCUUCUGUUUCAUCUUGCCGCUUGGCGUUAUCAUCGGCUCCUAUGGAAAGCUCAUGCAGAAACUCAGAAAGGUGUCUGCCACCCAUGGGCGCCUGGGCCACGCCAGGAAGCCGGACCGCGAGGUGGCGCGCAUGGUCAUUGUGAUGAUCGCCGCCUUCAUGAUCGGCUGGACGCCCUACGCCGCCUUCUCCAUCACCGUGACGGCCUGCCCCUCCAUCUACAUCGACCCCCGGCUGGCGGCCGCGCCCGCCUUCUUCGCCAAGACCGCCGCCGUCUACAAUCCCAUCAUCUACGUCUUCAUGAACAAGCAGUUCAGGAAGUGCCUCAUCCACAUGUUCAAGGGUGGAACGGCCAGCCUGGACUCCACCCACAUCAACCAGACAUCGGACCGCGGCACCACGGCAGAGAGCCACAUGGGCGAGAUGUCCACCAUCGCGGCGCGUGUCCCGCUCUCCUCCGUCUGCAACAUGCAGCGCACGGAGGAGGAGGAGGACAUGAAGCGCAACGACAACAACAGCGGCAACGGCAACAAGCUUUCUGUGAACGAGAACAAAGUGUGUCCACUCUGA